GCUGCAAACAUCAUGUCUACAGAUGCUGAACUGAAGGAUGUAGCAGCUGCUGUUUUUGAUUCCCUUCGAUCAAUUAGGGAUCCGGAAAAAGAUGCAACACUGGAAGACUUGGAGGUCAUAAAAGAAGAAGGAAUAAAGUUAAUAAACAAAUCAAUGACAAAGAGAGAGUAGCUGCAGCAUUGGAGAAUCCAAACUUGUCCAGAGUAGUGGAAGAAUGUCUGGUAGAGAGAGACUACUAGACUACUGGUAGUGAAAGAUUACCACUACACUACUAGAUACUGAAGCCGCACAAUCCAAACCUUGUAUAGGCUGCUUUACACAUGUUGCGCAUCAAUAUGAAUGUUUUGAAGUGAAGGUUUAUUCAAAAUCUAUAAAAGAAAAUGUCAUUAUUUAAGUAUUGUGCCAUAGGAGUUUGUGUUUUAGUUGGUAGUGAAUUAAUUAACAGGUGCCUUAAGCACAUUUAUUACUUAAUUUUUUCCAGACAGAAAGAAACACACUACCAAAUGAACAUUAACACAGUGACAGACAAUUCAAGGAUUUUCAGCAAAGUUAUUUUUUUUCCUGAUUAUGGCAUUGUGUCUAAACAGCAGCUAAAGGUCCAAGUUGGUAGUAAUCCAGAUAUAUGCAGGUCAAGCAAAGAAUGUGACAGAAAAGUGCAGUUUUGUGACAUAUAUGAAAUGGAAGAUCAGAAACAAAAAAAAUCCAUAAAGGUAAAUAAUUGUAAUGAUAAAAAUAAUUUUGAGGUUAUGCCUACGAGAAACUCCUUUCUUAUCCAUGGAAAUGAUUUCAACACAUUGACCAGUCAUCAUGAUGAAGGAAGAGCAGAGCAGUGUGGUGAACAACAAAAUGCCACAAUCAUUGACAGUAAAAUUUUGAAGCCAUCUGGGUACCUGGAGAGCAGCACAUCACUCAUCCAUAUGAUUAAUGUACUGGAGUCAGCCAAGAAAUCUCUAGUUAUAUGCAUUUAUGUUUUGACUUGCAAGGACCUGCUGGAUGCAGUUAUAAGAGCAAAGUAUCGUGGUGUUAAAGUGAAGGUGCUCUUAGAGAGGGGAAUGGCAAGUUGUAGUGAGGCUGCCAUUAAUGUCCUUCAUCAGCACAAUAUAUUGUUUCGCUUCAGCACUCCUGCCCUGCUUAUGCACCACAAAUUUGCUGUAAUAGAUGCACCAGAGCAACACUCUGAGUCCUCUUACCAUAUGUAUGAUGAUACUAACAAAGGUAACAUUCAGUGCAAGAUUCCUUUCUGCAAAACUGUUCAUCAAGAGGACACUUUUGAUGGUGUAUUAAUGACAGGUUCAUUUAAUUAUACUUGGAGUGCAGUUAUAAGUAAUCAUGAAAAUGUCAUUAUUACUAAUCAUCCACACUUGGUAAGCAGAUUUGUAAGUGAAUUUGAAAAACUCUGGGAUAGUUCAGAAAUAUAACUUUAAAAUAAGCUAUAGUUAGUCUCAGGAAAAUAGAUUGGUGUUGAUUGAGGUGUAGCACUUUUUGCAAAUACUGAAUUAAGAAUAGUUACUAUUGAUGGAUACAGGUCAACCAUCACUAAUCUGGUAAUCAGUUAUCCGGUUUCAUCAGUAAUUUGGCACUAAUUUCGGCUAGCAUAAUUUCAAAUUUCAUCAUGAUACUGACUCAGAAAUUGUGCAGAUUGUAAAUCCACAGCAGCAAGCCAGUGGAGGAGAAAGCAGUGAUGAAAAUGAGAUGUAGCAGUCUAUUGAUAGGUUAAUUAAGUGUAUUCUAACCAAACCACACUGUAAUCCGGGCAAACUCACUAAUUUGGCACACUGCAAGUCCCAGUGAUGCUGGAUUAGUGGUGGCUGACCUGUAUAUAUUUUGAGAUGCUCCUCUUUAUUUUCAUCUUUCCAGGGUCCAGACCCCUGAUCUAAAAAUUGCUCUCAGGGUCCAAGAAUUAAAAAAAAAUUCUUAUGGAUUAAUACUAGUAUAUUUUAGUGAAGGUAAUGAAACAACAAAAAUUUCCCUUCAGUAUUUACCAAGAUAUAGAGCUGUGAAGUUGAUAGUAAAUGACUGGCUGAUGACAUCACCACUGACUGCCAGAGACUGGAAGAGGAAAAUCUUUGGGAAGGAUAAGUGAUGGAGGAGUUAAAGGAGAUUUGUUUUAGACUUUGGAGAAGUAGGGACGCAAGGUGAUGGUGUAGGUGUGGGAGGUUGUGUAGACAUAGAAAGAUGCGAGUGAGAAGAUGAAGAUGCAUGGACAGUGGGAGUUGAUGAGGUAGGGGCCUUGAAGCCCAGGACUGCAAAAGAAUUAGAUGCAGAGGUGGCUGUGGAAGUUGGGACGACAGAGGAAAUCAUGGAAGUAGAUACCACCGAGGAUUGAGGUUGUCGAGUAACUCUAGAAUAUCCAAUGUCGUCACUACUCUGCUGCCCUUACUUUACCUCCCCUUCUUGCUGAUGGACCCUCCUUUAACCCAGACUCUCGUUGACUUUUUGACAGCAGGUGAUUUACUGCACAAACUCUGAUGAUGAUGACUCUAGCACUCCUCACAGCCCUUUCUACCUCAGUCUCUUGCUACCCAAUACCUCUACAUCCUUCCCUGCCCUGCUAUGCUGUAUAACCCUUGUAGGUUUAGCAUUUCUUUUUGAUUAUAAUAAUAACUAAAAUAAGACAACUGUGGAAGUCUCACUUGCAGGCAGAGAUGGGAGACUGCUAUGGUUUAAGAGAAACCUUUCUCUUUGAGACAGUGAAUUUCUCAUUUCUUUAAGACAAUUUGACAAUGGAGAGAAUAAGCCGGGUGAGCCUCAUUACAAUUAAAUGGAGGGCUUACUGUAUAAUAAUUACCAAUAUAGAAGUUAUUUUUGUUAGAAUUUUUUCUUUUUUCCUGCCACCAGUGUGGCAGGAGGUAAUUGUGGCUGUUAUAACACAGUAUACAUAUAACAAAAUGGUACACAAAAAUGUAUAUCACAGAAUAUUUUAUAAUUAGUAAUAUUCUCCAGAUAUAGUGUUGGAGUGGUUGGUACUUUUGUUUAAUAAAUGUAUGAAAGAGGGGAAGGUACCUAGGGAUUGGCGGAGAGCAUGUAUAGCCCCUUUAUAUAAAGGGAAGGGAGACAAAAGAAAUUGUAAAAAUUAUAGAGGAAUAAGUUUAUUGAGUAUACCAGGAAAAGCGUACGGUAGGGUUAUUAUUGAAAGAAAGGUAAGACAGAAUGUAGGAUUGCAGAUGAGCAAGUAGGUUUCAGAGUGGGUAGGGGAUGUGUAGAUCACGUGUUUACAUUGAAGCAUGUGAACAGUAUUUAGAUAAAGGUAGGGAAGUUUUUAUUGCAUUUAUGGAUUUAGAAAAGGCAUAUGAUAGAGUGGAUAGGGGAGCAAUGUGGCAGAUGUUGCAAGUAUAUGGAAUAGGUGGUAAGUUACUAAAUGCUGUAAAGAGUUUUUAUGAGGAUAGCGAGGCUCAGGUUAGGGUGUGUAGAAGAGAGGGAGACUGCUUCCCGGUAAAAGUAGGCUUUAGACAGGGAUGUGUAAUGUUGCCAUGGUUGUUUAAUAUAUUUAUAGAUGGGGUUGUAAAAGAAGUAAAUGCUAGGGUAUUCGGGAGAGGGGUGGAAGUAAAUUAUGAGGAAUCAAAUACAAAAUGGGAAUUGACCCAGUUACUUUUUGCUGAUGAUACUGUGCUUAUGGGAGAUUCUAAAGAAAAAUUGCAAAGGUUAGUGGAUGAGUUUGGGAGUGUGUGUAAAGGUAGAAAGUUGAAAGUGAACAUAGAAAAGAGUAAGGUGAUGAGGGUAUCAAAUGAUUUAGAUAAAGAAAAAUUGGAUAUCAAAUUGGGGAGGAGUAGUAUGGAAGAAGUGAAUGUUUUCAGAUACUUGGGAGUUGACGUGUCGGCGGAUGGAUUUAUGAAGGAUGAGGUUAAUCAUAGAAUUGAUGAAGGAAAAAAGGUGAGUGGUGUGCUGAGGUAUAUGUGGAGUCAAAAAAACGUUAUCUAUGGAGGCAAAGAAGGGAAUGUAUGAAAGUAUAGUAGUACCAACACACUUAUAUGGGUGUGAAGCUUGGGUUGUGAAUGCAGCAGCGAGGAGGCGGUUGGAGGCAGUGAUGUCCUGUCUAAGGGCAAUGUGUUGUGUAAAUAUUAUGCAGAAAAUUUGGAGUGUGGAAAUUAGGAGAAGGUGUGGAGUUAAUAAAAGUAUUAGUCAGAGGGCUGAAGAGGGGUUGUUGAGGUGGUUUGGUCAUUUAGAGAGAAUGGAUCAAAGUAGAAUGACAUGGAGAGCAUUUAAAUCUGUAGAAGGAAGGCGGGGUAGGGGUCGUCCUCGAAAAGGUUGGAAGGAAGGGGUAAGAGAGGUUUUGUGGGCGAGGGGCUUGGACUUCCAGCAGGCGUGCAUGAGCGUGUUCGAUAGGAGUGAAUGGAGACGAAUGGUAUUUGGGACCUGACGAUCUGCUGGAGUGUGAGCAGGGUAAUAAUUAGUGAAGGGAUUCAGGGAAACCGGGUAUUUUUAUAUAGCCGGACUCGAGUCCUGGAAAUGGGAAGUACAAUGCCUGCACUCUAAAGGAGGGGUUUUGGGACAUUAGCAGUUUGGAGGGAUAUGUUGUGUAUCUUUAUACAUAUAUGCUUCUAAACUGUUGUGUUCUGAGCACCUCUGCAAAAACAGUGAAUAUGUGUGAGUGAGGUGAAAGUGUUGAAUGAUGAUGAAAAUAUUUUCUUUUUGGGUCACACUGCCUCGGUGGGAGACGGCCGACUUGUUGAAAAAAAAAAAAUAUGUAUCUUUUAAUUUUAAUAAUUUUCAGUUUUUUAUACAGUGGUACCCCGAGUUUCGAACUGCUCCCAACUCGACCAGUUAUGUAAGUGUAUUAUUGUAAGUGCUUUUGUAAGUGUAUUUUUGAGGGUCUGAAACGGAUUAAUUUACAUUAUUCCUUAUGGGAACAAAUUCGUUUGGUAUCCAUACUUGAACAGCCUUCUGGAACGAAGAAAGUUUGAAACUCUGGGUACCACUGUAUUUCUUGGUAGGCAUUGUGAAUGAAAUUAACCGAAUGUAGUACCAUAGUAAACACUGUCUUAUAAAUAUAUUUUAAUACCAUAUAUACACACUUAUAUUAGAAAAUACAGUAUCACUAAUAAGCUCUUACUUUAUUUAGAACUAUAACAUUAUGAGUGGAUAAAAUUAACAAGAUGUACAGUAAUAAAAUAAGUUAAAAAGUACAUCAUAUCACCUAAUAUCUGUUUUUCUUUUAAUGUUAAAGCUACAUAAAGUCAAUACUGUGGCUGGAACAGUUCACAAAUAUCCUGCACCUAAGAGAGGAGACUUAUGAUGAUAAUUUUGUCCAUCCAUUGUGAAGUUGAGAACAAGAGAUUUCACUGUACAGAGCUGUAUAGCCCUUGUGGCUUAGCGCUUCUUUUUGAUUAUAAUAAUAAUUCACUGUACAUAUACAGCACGUAGAUUAUAUGAUAAUUACAGUCAUGAAGCCUAAUAUUGGCAUUACACAUACACAGUAAUAGUCAUAUUAUUAUUAUUAUUAUAAUCAAGGGGGAAGCGCUAAACCCGGAGGAUUAUACAGCGCCUGGGGGGGGGAUGUGGAAGGCAUUCAGGCUUAAUUCGGGGAACUGGAGCACAGAUCCAAUUCCCUAAAUCAAGAGCCCCUCACCAACAUCAAGAGUAAUAGUCAUAAUACUGUGGCAAAACAAAUGACAAUCUUCUACUUAUUAUCAUGAGGGACCAAAAUUUUGUUUAUAGUUUCCUCUCAAAAAUGUGGGUUAUUAGAGAAUUAAGAAUUUAAUUUUUGAAAAAUUCAUUCUGUCCAUUCAGGAUUAAAAUAAGUGAAUGCAAAAAAACAACAAAUUGUCAUUAGCACUUAAUUAAAUGAGAUUAAUUAUGUACAGUGAGGCAUGAGCAACUAUAAACUAAAGCUUUUCUUCUAAUUCUUUGUUUGAUCUCUUACAGUUUUACUCUUCCACAUACUCAAAAUAAAUAUAAAAAUCUUAGCUACACACCAAAUGGCAUGAGUAACUAAACAUACACAAGUAUUAUCUACUGUUUUGUUUAAAUCCCAAUAAGAUUAAUUUUUGUUAAUGUCAAUGUCAUGGAAUUUUGUAAUGCAUCAUUGAAUCCUAUGCAGGAUUUGAAGUGCUCUGUACCAUAUUAUAACUAAAAAUAUACAAAUAAUAUUUCUACUGUUCUUCAUCAUAUUGAAAGCUAGCUAGCUGUGUAUGUAUUGUGUUAUAUACAUAUUACAGUAUAUAUUUCAAACAUAAAUGUUUUAUAUGCUGUGAAAAUAAAUACUAUUAACCCUUUGACUGUCGCGGUCGUAUAUGUACGUCAUAGGAGAUACAGUGUUUGACGUAUCUAUACGCAUAAAUUCUAGCGGCUUCAAAUCAAGCAGGAGAAAGCUGGUAGGCCCACAUGUGAGAGAAUGGGUCUCCAUGGUCAGUGUGCACCAUAUAAAAAAAAUCGGGGAGCCAGUGGUGCAUUGUGGGAAUACCAUUUCAGUCGUCCUUUUUCAGCAUGUCUAGCGGUAAGAAAUAUGUGACUUCCCUGGAAAUCUGGGACUCUUCUCUUCCCAAGUGAUGCUCUAACACAGAUGGAAGUGUCAAUGAAGAUCAAUUUCAUGAUUUCGAGGAGUUUGAGACUAAAAGCAAUAGAGGAGGUGGAGGAGGAGGAGGAGGAGGAGGAGGAGGAAGAAGAGGAGGAGGAAGGAAGGAGGAAGAGGAAGGAAGGAGGAUGAGGAAGGAAGGAGGGAGGAGAAGGAAGGAGGGAGGAGGAGGGAGGAGGAGGAAGGAGGGAGGAGGAGGAAGGAGGGAGGAGGAGGAAGGAGGGAGGAGGAAGGAGGGAGGAGGAAGAAGGAGGGAGGAGGAAGAAGGAGGGAGGAGGAGGAAGGAGGGAGGGAGGAAGGAGGGAGGAGGAGGAAGGAGGGAGGAGGAGGAAGGUGGAAGGAGGAGGAGGAAGAAGAAGAAGAAGAAGAAGAAGAAGAAGAAGAAGAAGAAGAAGAAGAAGAAUAAGAAUAAGAAGAAGAAUAAGAAUAAUAAUAAUACCUAAUAAUAAUAAUAUGUUCCCUUGAGGCAUGAAAA